AUGGAACAACAACGCCCGGAAAUCAGCCUAGCUGAUCCAAUCGAAGAAAUUCGAUCAGUCGAAAAGAGCCAUGACACCAAAGCCUCAGAAAUCAUCACUAAGGAGGACAAUGCCCAACAUUGGCAUGGUCACGUUAGUCGGCGUCUCACCGGCUACAUGAAACGAUUCGAGCAGCAGCUCGUUGAGUACAACAUCGAAGCUCGCGGAAUCCAACGUGUUGAGGAGCAGGAGCGUCAUGCCUUAACCUGGGUUACCUACCUGCAGGUGUUCCUCUUGUGGGUUUCUAUCAACCUUGCAGCGAACAAUAUCACUCUUGGUAUGCUCGGCCCGUCCGUCUACGGACUUAGCUUUCUGGACUCGUCUCUGUGCUCCGUCUUUGGUUCCAUUGUUGGUUCUCUCGCUGCGGCAUGGUCUGCGACCUGGGGCCCGAUAUCUGGAAACCGGACAUUGGUCUUUGGUCGUUAUGCAAUGGGAUGGUGGCCAAGCAAGAUCAUUGUUUUGCUGAACAUUGUCCAAAUGGUUGGGUACGGCUUGAUUGACUGCGUAGUUGGCGGUCAAAUCCUUUCUGCAGUCUCACCGGAUUAUCACAUGUCGGUAGCAGUUGGUAUUGUUAUCGUUGCAGUUAUCACUUGGUUUAUCGCCACAUUUGGAAUUAAAUUCUUCCACCUUUAUGAACGCUACGCGUUUCUCCCCCAAUUGAUCGUAGUAUGCAUCCUUUACGGCGUCUCCGCAAAGAAAUACGACCUCGAAACCCCUUCAGUUGGAGACAGCUUAACAAUUGCCGGCAACAGGCUUAGCUUCUUCUCCAUCUGUCUCAGUGCUGCCAUCACAUAUGCUCCUCUUGCCGCGGACUUUUUCGUGUAUUACCCACCCGACACUCCCAAGGUAGUCAGCUUUGGUUUGACCUUCGUCGGGUUGACUCUAUCUUUCACCAUGGCUUUCCUCGUCGGUAUUGGUCUGGCCAGUGGCAUUGGCGGCGACACCGCUUAUGCCGACGCAUAUAAUGUCGGUGCUGGAGCCCUAAUUGUCGAAGGGUUCAACCCUCUCGGCGGAUUUGGCAAAUUCUGCUCUGUCCUAGUAGCUCUAGGAUUGAUUUCCAACACCAUCCCGCCCACAUACUCCUCCGGUAUUGAUUUCCAGAUCCUCGGCCAUUACGCGGAAAUGGUACCCCGAAUCAUUUGGAACACGAUCGCAGUAAUCAUCUACACUGUUUGCGCUCUUGUCGGUCAGAGCCAUCUCUCGGAGAUCUUUACCAAUUUCUUGGCCCUGAUGGGGUACUGGGUCGCUAUCUGGUUUGCUAUUCUGCUGGAAGAAAGAUAUAUAUUCCGUCGUCAGACCGGAUAUAACUGGGCUGCGUGGGAUGACCCAAGCAAACUGCCAAUUGGUCUUGCCGCAUUCGCUGCGUUUUUGGUCGGUUGGGCUGGUGCCGUGAUUUGCAUGGCUCAAGUUUGGUAUAUUGGACCGAUCGCUAAGUUGGUUGGCGAUUAUGGCGCUGAUAUGGGUAACUACAUCGGAUUCUCAUGGGCCGCAUUGGUCUAUCCUCCUCUCCGAUACCUCGAACUACGGUAUAUUGGAAGGUAG